UUCCCUGCUCUCAGCAUGGCCCCUGCCUCCCCCUGGACAGGAAGGCUGGGGGAAGCUGUGAUGCACAUCUGUUUGACGAAGAAGGCAUCAGCUUUUCCUAGAGGGAAAAUAAUGAAAGGCAAAACGGAUUCAGAUAAUUUUCAAGUCCAGGAUUUUGUCAAGAAAAAGAAGAGAAAACACAACGAUUCCAACAACAAACAUAAAAAUUCUGAAAUUGUGGAAGAUCCAGAGCUUGGCCACGCAUCCCAAGAGCUCUUUGAAGAUGCAGCACCAGAGGACAGGAAAAAGAAGAAACUGAAGAAAAAGGAUGAGAAGCAGCAGGCUUCGAUAGAGAAUUACUUUGGGACUGUGGAACAUGAAAUCAGCAAUGGGACUGGAACAGGUGGUUCCCUGAGGAAGAAGAGGAAGAGGAUGGGUCAGGACAGUGCUGAUGAGCUCAGCGAUGUCACUUGUGUUCCUGAGAAUCAGGACUGCCAGGAGGGUGCUGCUGAUUCUGCUUGUUCUAAAAAACCCAAGAAGAAAAAGAAAGAAAAGCAGCCUGAAGUGGAUGAGGUGAAUGAGCUGUCUCCCUCUGAGGAGCACAGCAAGGGCCACAAAGAGAAACCCAAAAAGAAGAAGAGGAGAGAGGGCAGUGCCCAGGACGUGCAGGAGGACACGGAUGGAGCAGCUGAGCAGCCGCCCUUAGAGCAGGACAGGGGGUGGCCUUCAGAUGAGGAUGGAGGCUGUGAUGCUGCUUCUGCCAUCAGUGAGGUCUCUAUGGAGCUCCCUGCUGAUUUUUCUACACCCAGUAAAGCAGCUGAUAGAGCUAAAAAGACUCCAGUACGUGCUAAAAAGGCAUAUAAGAGCCGCGCUUUUGUCGAGGUGGGAAGCUCUUCAGACUCUGAUGUGAUGACACCAAAAGCCUCAGCAUCAUAUAAAAAGAAGAAGCAGAAGCAGCAAGACAAUUCUUUUGCUGAAUUGGCAGGCUCUGAUGAGGUCAGUGUGGAUGGUGAAGAAGGCCUGGACCCUUCCAGUACUUCAUUCAUGGAUUUGGAUACUGCAAGACAAGAACUGGAAGAGUUUAUUCCUCAUGUGAAGAAUAUAUCAGACAGUUCAAUCAAGAAAAUGUCUGGAAGAGACCUAAUAAGGUUUAAGGAGUUUAAAAAACAGGGUAUUGCUGUCAAGUUUGGCAGAUUUACCCAGAAGGAAAAUAAACAAAUCCAGAAAAAUGUUGAAGAGUUCUUAUCACUUACUGGAGUGGACGGUGCUGAAAAACUUCUGUUUACCUCGAGAUAUCCAGAAGAUAAAGACACCAUCAAUCAACUGAAAAUAAAACAUAAUUUUUGUGAAAAAAUCUCUGAGGGCAUUCCCCGGCCCUGGAGACUGGUAUAUUAUCGAGCAAGGAAGAUGUUUGACCCUAAUAAUUACAAAGGAAGGUAUACUAUGGAAGAAAAAGAACAAUUAAAGAAGUAUCAAGCUCUGCAUGGCAAUGAUUGGAAGAAGAUUUCUGAGUUGAUGUCCCGUUCUAACCUCUCAGUUGCUAUGAAAUUCUCUGAAAUCAAGUCAGCUAUCAACUAUGGUGCUUGGACAAAGGAGGAGACCCAGAGGUUAAUGAGUGCAGUGAAGGAAGUGCUGAGGAGAAAAAUGAACACAGAAAAUCCGAAUUCUCUUUCCUCAUUGGAACAGUCAAACACUGAUCUAUGGAUCGACCGUGAGAAACUGUACCAGUCACUGCCAUGGACUGAGAUUGAAACCAGAGUGGAAAGUCGAUAUUGGAGACAAUGCAAACAGAAAUGGAAUUCAAUUUUAAUGAGCAAGUUGAACAGACAGCAGCAGUUGCACAGAGGGACCACUGGAUUAAAGGCCAAGAUCAAUCUUAUUAAAAGGUUGUAUGAAACAAAAGCAGAGGAUGCCAGUGAAGUCAACUGGGAUGAACUCAGUAGUGCUAUUGGAGAUGUUCCUAGAUCCUAUGCUCAAGCAAAGUUUUAUAGGCUUAAAGUGUCCUCUGUCCCUUUAUGGAAGAGAAAGACUUUUUCUGAAAUUAUUGACUAUCUGUAUGAAAAGAAGCUCCCAGAACUUGAAGAAAAACUAAGGAAAGAAGAGGGUAAAUGCCAUAGUUUUGACAAUUCAGUAGCCAGUCAGCAGCAGCAGAUUUUCCGACUCAGUGACAUUUUUGACUCCAGUGAAGAGAGUGAUUAAUUGAUUGUCCUAAAAGCAAUGCCUAAUUUGCAUAUUUAACUGCAAAUGGGUCUGGUUGAAAGUGGGUGUACAGCUCACCACCUGCAAGUACCCAAGCUGAAAAUGGGAAAAGUCAGGACAGGCACCUCUGAGUGUCUUGUUUCAUCUUGAAGAUGGAGUUGAAACAGAGCUUUUGUGCCACUUUUUAUUUAAUUUAACUCUGAUUUUAGAAGUUUUCAUGUAAGCAUCCAGGUUGCUUUUUAAAAGUCUCAAAGUACUUUUUCUGUGGAGUUGAAAGCUGCUGUUUUCCCUUUAUGAAUGAACUUGGUUUUAAGAACUUUAUUUUUUUUAAAUUCAUGAAAUUGGAAAAAGGUUUUCAGUUUGCUUUUAAAUCUCUUUAAUAAUCAAGUCUUAAGACAUCUGUGUUGAUGAAAAUGGCACAACUUUUGAGUUGGCUUUUUUUUAAACAGGUGUCUUAUUCUUAAAAGCAACUGAUUUCCUUUUUGAUGCAACUUACAUUUUUCCCACCUCUUCUAGAGAAAAAGGACUUUUGUACAUUACUAUUCAUCAUUUCAUGCUGAGCAAAACAAAAAAUUUAAAAUGUUGUAAUUAAUAUUUGGAAUUACUGAGACAAAACAGUGUGUAUAUAUAUUUAUGUAUGCAUACAUAUUUUUAUUUUGCCAAGGAGAAUUUCUACCAUUUAAUAAGAAAAUGAAGCAAUAAGAUGGAGGUUGUACUCAUGUUUUGUAAGAUAUUUUUAACCCUGUGUCUAAAGUGAUUAUUUGUAAAUGGACUGAAUUAAUGUAAAAAAACCCAAAAGUAUCUUUGUGUGUUUUAAGAGAGUUGGGGACUUCAGCUGGCUUUUCUUUCUAAUGCUGUUUAUUCCACAGCUUAGGUUCCAGCAGGGGGUCAUGGGCUGGCCUACAGCUGCUGGCUAUAGGCAAGCCCUGUGUCCUGAAGCCCCUUUGGUUCAGGUUAUAAUGCAUUAAUCUCUUUCUGUGCAUAUUAUUACAUAGCAACCAAUCAGCUUCAUCCACAAUACCUUUACAUUUACAUACAUCCUAUCAAAACUGCUCUAAUUAGCAUACUAUGUUAGUGACUAACCAAUCAUCUGAGUUAGCAAUUCCAUGUUAAACUUUAAAACUUGUUAUGCAGUGGAAAAUUCUUUUUGCUUUGGUAAAAAACAUCUUUGUCUGCCUAUGCUUUUUUACUUGGUUGCAAACAUGCUUUGAAGACCACUUAACUUAUUGGACUUUUAGCCAUAAAACCCCUCCUAACUGACUAAACCUUCCAACUUGACUAAACCUUUGUUCUCUCAGCUGUU